GGAGGAUCCCGAUCUCAGCUACGCGAACUUCUACAAAUUGCUCGAAGUCGCCGAAAAGCCCGCCCGUGCCUGCGCCCACGGCGGCCGGCGGGUCGUCGCUGCCUGCUAUUGAAGCCCGGAAGGCACGAUGGAACAGCAGAGCCCGGAAGGCACGACGGAACAACAGAGCCAAGUGUUGGAGUUCUUUCUUAAUAAUGGCUUCCUUCUUCAUUUUCAUAAUCUUUCACGUUUUUCAUUUCGCCCAUCAUAUAAAAGAAGUCAUCGCUUCCUAGGUGUCGAUCUCAGAUCGCUUCUGUUGCUCAUCAGAGCCGCCGUCUUGAUUAGGGUCGUUGCUUGCUCUCAUUCCCGUUCAAUUCCGCCUGACCUAGAACAAACAAAAUCCCGAUUGCUUGCUUGUGCUAUUUGUUGACUCGGGAUUUGGCUGGGAGUUUGUGGUUCGAUGACGGGAUACUUGACCUCGCCGAGCGAUCUCCUUCUAGCGAAACGAUUGAGUUUUUGGUAAAGCUGAGAUGAAUAGCAACUGCUGGAUUGUGGUGAGGACGAAGACGACUUGCGUGAAGGCGGCAGAGAGAUUGUUUGAUUGAGCAUCGUCGGGGGAUGGUGGUUCCGGGAGGGGCGGCGGCGUUCCGAAAAAGAAACUGCAGCAGUCGAGUUAGAGAACGGAAGCAAUGGCGGAUGCUUCAGCGGUGGUUGUGGAAGAACACCUCGACGUUCUGACUAAAACCGGAGAGAAAACAGGCGUCUCCAAGCCCAGGGGAGCAGUCCAUCGCGACGGAGAUUAUCACAGGGCUGUUCACGUUUGGAUUUUUGCUGAGAGUACCCAGCAACUGCUUCUCCAGAAGCGUGCUGACUGUAAGGAUUCAUGGCCUGGGCAGUGGGACAUAUCCAGUGCUGGACAUAUUUCUGCUGGUGAUUCCUCGCUUGUGUCAGCAAGGCGGGAGCUUCAGGAGGAGCUAGGAAUCAGCCUUCCUAGAGAUGCAUUUGAGUUGAUGUUUGUCUUCCUUCAAGAGUGUGUGAUAAAUGAUGGGACAUUCAUCAAUAAUGAAUUUAACGAUGUAUACCUUGUGACAACUAUAGAUCCGAUUCCUUUGGAGGCCUUUACUCUUCAGGAAUCAGAAGUAUCUGCUGUUAAAUAUAUGUCCUACGAGGAGUACAGAAGUUUGCUAGCUAAAGAAGACCCCGAUUAUGUUCCGUAUGAUGUAAAUGGGCCAUACGAUCAACUCUUCCAAAUAAUUAGGCAAAGGUACAACCAAGAUAGUAAAGCACAAAAUGUAACUCUGCAAAAGCAACUGCAGCGCUAUGCUCCUGUUUCUCUCAAUGAUGAGUUGACAGACCUGUCAGAUGCAGACAAGGAGGCUUUGAGUUUGAUAAUUAAGGCUGCAAAAGUCAUGGACGACAUCUUCUAUCUGCAGGUUUGGGAAAGCAAUCCUGCUUUGAGAGAUUGGUUGAAUGUAAAUGCUGAUGCCUCAGAAGUGGAAAAAUCAAAGUGGAAAUAUUAUAUGAUCAACAAGGGACCAUGGUCAUGCCUUGAUGAAAAUCAGGCAUUUCUGACGACCAAAGACUCAGCUGUAAGGUUGAUUCCUGAAGCCACAAAGACAGUGAGUGGAUGGAAGGGUCUAGAGUACAAAGCAGCAUUUCCUACACUCAAGCCACCUGGAGCAAACUUCUAUCCUCCAGAUAUGGACAAAAUGGAAUUCGAGUUGUGGAAGAACAAGUUGUCGCAACAAGAUGAUGCGACAAGUUUUUUCACAGUCAUCAAAAGGCAUAGUGAAGGCUUCUCUUCCUCGGAUCAUACAAUUAGCAAGACAAGUCAUUUGGCAGAUACUGGGGAUCUGUUUACUGUUCCUUACUCAACAGAGUACAAGUAUUUCCUCACAAAAGCUGCUGAGCUUUUGCAUAAGGCAGGCGACUUGGCCAGCUCACCAAGUUUGAAGAGGUUACUUCAUAGCAAGGCUGAUGCAUUCCUAUCAAAUGAUUAUUAUGAUUCAGACAUAGCCUGGAUGGAAUUGGACUCUAAGCUUGAUGUAACAAUAGGUCCGUAUGAGACAUAUGAAGAUUCAAUUUUUGGAUAUAAGGCUACAUUUGAAGCAUUUGUUGGAAUCCGAGACGACAAGGCUACAGCUCAAUUGAAAAUGUUUGGGGAGAAUUUGCAGGUUUUGGAGCAAAAUCUUCCAAUGGAUAAUGCAUACAAAUCACAAGACAUUCAUGUUGCUCCUAUUCGUGUCAUAAGGCUACUUUACAAUGCUGGGGAUGUUAAGGGUCCUCAGACCGUUGCUUUCAACUUACCGAAUGAUGAACGAAUAGUGAAAGAUCGUGGAACUUCAAUGGUUAUGCUUAAGAAUGUUUCAGAGGCAAAGUUCAAGCACAUUCUUCGACCUAUAGCUGAUGCAUGCAUUUCUGCGGGACAAAACAAACUUGUAGAUUUUGACUCAUUCUUUACACAUACAAUCUGCCAUGAGUGCUGCCACGGUAUUGGACCUCACACCAUAACACUUCCAGAUGGUAAAAAGUCAACUGUAAGAAAGGAGCUCCAAGAACUCCACUCUGCUUUGGAAGAAGCUAAAGCUGAUAUAGUUGGUCUCUGGGCACUGAAGUUUUUGAUCCGUCAGGAUGCUUCCGCUCAGUUCGCUUUGGCUUGGAGGAAGCUCACGGGUAAUAUCAUUAAAGCCAUGACCCUCCCGCAAAUGAUCCUUCUACUUCACAUCAUUAAUCUCCCCGUAAUUGCUGUUGAUAUUCCCAGAAAAGGGGAAGCGGUGCAGUUCAACUGGAUGUUCGAGAAAGGAGCGUUCGUUUUGCAUCCUAAUGAAACUUUCUCCGUCGAUUUCACCAAGGUUGAUGAUGCAGUUGAAAGCUUGAGCCGUGAGAUCCUUACCAUCCAAGCAAAAGGUGACAAAGGAGCUGCAAGCCUACUCCUCCAAAAAUACUGUAAAUUGACUCCUCCAUUGAAACUGGCAUUGCAAAAGCUGGAGAAUAUUCAGGUGCCAGUGGAUAUAGCUCCCACUUUCCCUUUAGCCGCAGAAAUUCUGCAGCAGUGACUGCAAACGAUCGUCCCAUUACUACUUUAGCCUCUGCAAUUCAUCAAUCGGAUAGAUAUGUAAUGGAUCAUGUGCUGAUAAAAUGGGUUAUUAUUGGCUCGCAGAUACCAGAUGAAUGAUGAUCAGACAAAGAUAUAGCACAGCCAAGAUUAUAGUGAGAUGGUUUGAGCCUUGAGGCAUCAUUGCUGCAAAUUAGAAGAGGGCGACAGAGAUGAAUAAUUGUUUCGUGUUUUUAGGCAUGAAUUAUCAACCGUGUUCAUAGAUAUGUGUCUCUUCAUAUUUUAACCUGAACCGCAAGGUCCUUGAAAUUGUACUUCAAUUACGAGAUGUGUCUACUAUUUAGGUGGAAGUUGGAGGAUGGGUUUUAUGUGAUCAUGAGUGGCCAACUUUAAGAUAAUUUGGUUCAAGUGGCUUCAUCAUAUAAUGUGAUAACUCUGAAUAGGAAUUUGAUAAGAUUCACUUAUAUUCCUUCACAACUUCAAGUUCAUCUAAAUUGCUUGAAGUUCGAACAUGUCUAUCGAUUUCGUACUUUGAUGGAAUGGUGAUUAAUAUAAGGGG